AUGUUCAUGGGUUCAUCGAGCUUCAUUUCAAUGGGUAAGGCCCUCAAGAAGAAGACUCCAAGUACGAAUGCGGAUGCUCGACGAUUAAUGUUUGUGGAUUCCUCAAUCAAAGCUGAGUUUGUGGAAAUCGUACAGCUUCCCAAUCCAACUAACCUCUUAGAUGGCGCUUUAUAUGCUGUAUUAGAUGGGACGAUUUAUCUGAUUCGCGGAAUACUUCCUAAUGUCCAUCCUGUGAGCUUGUUUGUGGAUAACACGAUUUUGAAUCAGUCGUUUCUGGCGACAUUUAGGUUUGACGUCAUUUUUAUUUUCACAUCCAUUCUGUUCUUGGCGCCAGAUAAGUUCAUGUCUAUGCCACAGCGUAUAUACGAGUUGUAUCGAUCCGGCCUCAAUGAGUCCCAAGGGCACGGCGCAUUGGAGGCAGGCGCCUUUGCACUCUGGAACAAUAAUGUGGACAAAAUUCAAGAGCGCAUACGGUAUCUGUGCGAUAUUGCCAACCCGGGUGAAGCUAAGGACGUAGUCAUUAAGCCUAAUGUGUCUAAAUUCCAGGCUAUGCUGGAAUACAAGGUACAAUCUCUGGAGAAGGCUGUUCGAAGCUCAAACAUAAUUAUGGGAUCGUAUUGCCAAUCAAAAGAGACAUCUAACAGUGAACAUGUACGCAAGCAUUACAUCACUGUUCAAGAUGGAAAAUUGCGGUCGUUUGCUUGGUCGUUAAUAUCGUCCAUGCUGAAUGCUGAGGCACGAAACCGUCUCGUACCGUCGAACGGGUCGAUGAUAGACCAUCAGGCAAUAGACGAUGUCAAUCUGUCGAGAAAACCUGUCAUAACAUCGAGUAAGAGGCCGAAGCAGCGCAAGAUAGCGGUAGCCAGUGGCACCGCCUCUAUCACUUCAUUUUUCAAGCCUGUAUAA